AUGGCACCUACACCCUCCCCUUCAACUGCAACGACUGCGAGACCUCGCCGUGCACGUGCCUCUGCUGGGGGUUCAGGAACACCUAGACGUACCAUCGCAAUAGUUGAGAAGGAGCUUAAUGAGAUGAAAAAGGAGAACGAAAUCCUGAAGCUCGAGGUCGCCAGCCUCAAACUGGCUGCCACGUUGGCAGCGCAAACGGCCAAUGACGUCGUUGAGAAGGUACCCAAGCCUGCGACGAGCAACUUCUCUAUCUUUGUCGCCAUGGGCUUCGUCGACACGGAGGAUGACCAGAAAAAGUAUUGUGGGAUUCAGCGUACCGUGCAUGACGUGAGCCUCCAUGCAGGCAUCAGCUUCAACCGUAGCUACCGCGACCAACCCUCCGAGAUAAUAGCAAAGAUCUUCAAAGCGUGUCGUCAAGCUUGGCCUGAGCUUGCACGCUACGAAAACAACUGGGCGACCGCGGCCCUCCUGCAGCAGUUCAUCACGAACCGUCGCAAGUAUCUCCGAUCCAAAGGCUUUCUUUCGGCGGCUCCUGCUGCCACCGCCACCACCGCCAGCGUCGCUGCAGCGCCCGCCGCCGCCGCUGCUGCUACUACUCCUGUCGGUGUCGUUGCGGGUGGUGCGGUCCCAAACAUCGCUGAUGUCGAUGCUCAGGUUCAAGCAGAAGACGAUGAUUGA